AUGCCAAUUGAUUACUCGAAAUGGGACAAGAUUGAAUUGUCCGACGAUUCCGAUAUUGAAGUUCAUCCAAACGUUGACAAGCGCUCCUUUAUCAGAUGGAAACAGCAAAGCAUUCACGAGGAGAGAGCCAAGAGAAAUAACGAUAUCAAGAACCUGGAGUUCCAGGUGAACAUGAAUGGGCGACUCAACCAAAGGGUGGACAAGAUGCUGGCAAACCUGAAAGACGCAGACUUAGUGGAUCGCGAGGCUGUACGAAAGUUUCUAAACGCCAACUUCGAUAAAACGGAAAAGGGCGAGGAGGACAACGUUGAUCCUAACAUGCCGCCUUACAACGAGAUGGUAGAGGACCUUUUCGAACAACUGGAAAUCAAUGCUAAGAAAGUCGGUGCAAACCCUAAGGAUGGUGCUGUCAUUCGCAAGUUAAUUUUGGAGCACAGACAGAAGAUUGAUGCAGUCACAAAACAGGCAAAGGAAAAGCUAUCUCAGCUGUACAAGGAGAAGGCUUCGCUCAUAUCUUCUGAUGAUAUCCGCACAGGUUUUGACAAGGGGUUUGUGAACAAGAAGGCGGAAGCAGAAAAUGCUGCUGCUAAAGCCUUAACAUCUACGCAAUCCUCAGCUCCGUCGGAACCCAGCUUACCUGCUCCUCCACUCAACUUUGUAAGCUUCGAAGAUGAUGUGAUGGAACUUGCACCUCAAACCAAAGCGUUUGGCCAAAUCUCUCCAGACAACAUUCAAGGGUCGGAGUCUUUCUUACUGAAGAACCUGCAAAUAAUGUCAGAACAACAAAAAGACGCGCUGAUGAUGUCUGCUUUUGAAUUUGAAAUGGAGGGCUACAGCAAACAGGCUUAUCAGGUCAUUCAUCAAUCUGAGCUAAUCUCAUACAUCAGAGAAAUUUACGACAUGAAAAAGAUUCCUUACUUGCACGUUGGCGAGCUGACGGAGGUGGUGAAAAUGUUCUUCUUGAAAGUCUUUUACAACAGGUCGAACAAUCAAGGCAAGAAAUCCUUUUUGGACUCUGUACAAGCUAAGUUUGAACACGUCAAGAAAAGAGUCAAGGUCAUGCAGCAAGAAGAACCCCAAGAAGGUGUUGAGACUAUUCAAUUGAAAUCUUUAGAUGAUUCCACGGAGCUACAGGUCAAUCUGCCAAACUUUGACUCCAAGGACCCUGAAGAGAUUAAAAAGCAAAACGCUUUCAAAAAGCUUCCAUUGAAAAUGCAAAACGCCAUCAAGACGCAAAGUCUUGAUGCGAUCAAUGAGGUCUUUGCCGAGAUGCCAGUCGAAGAAGGUGAGGAAAUUCUGGAGAUUUUCAAUGAGGGGUCCAUCAUUGGCAUCAAUGCCUUGUUAGAAGAUGAAGGCGAAUUUCAACAACUUCAAGAGAAAUACCAGAGCGAUGCAGGGGUGAAUAAGCUUGAAGCUGAAGGCCAGGCCGAGAGUCAUGAUACCGAACCCACUCGCUCUGUCAACGACCCCCAAACCGAAAUCAGCACAGCAGAUGUGGUUGAUUGA